CAAAUAACACAUGGAUUAAUGCCUGACGAUGUAAACACAUAAAAAUGCUCCUACGUUUUUUCAAUUACAUCAAUUAAACAUUUACAAGCAUUCUGCAUAAAUGUGAUGAUAUUGUUAAUGUUAGCCGCACUGCCGUUAGUUAACAGUCAAGAAUGGAACUAUGGAAGUUUAGGGCCGUCUACAUGGGGGGAUGGUUUCUCUCAAUGUGGGGAGCCGAACCAGUCACCUGUGGACAUUGACACAGACAAGUUAGAAACGGAUUCGAGUUUAAAUGCAUUCGGAUUUCAUAACUUUGAUAAAAAAGCUAACAAUGAGCUCGAAAAUACAGGACAUACUGCAAUUAUGGUGCUUGGAAUUCGUAAACGAGUGUACGUCUACAAUGGCGGACUGGAGGGAAGCUAUGUCGUAGUAGGGUUUCACUUUAGGUGGGGAUCCGAGCAUACGGUUGACGGCAAUCGGUCUCCACUCGAGUUGCAAAUUGUAUGUUUUAACAGGAAAUUUCCAACAAUGAACGACGCCAUUGAAGCUUCGAAUACUGAACCAGACAGUGUUAUCAACUUAGCCGUGCUUUUUGAGAUAUCCUCUUCUGAUAACAAAAACUUGGACCCACUCGUGACUGCACUCGAACAGGUACAGACUGCAGGUUCAAAGGUGAAGGUCAGAGGUCGUCUCCGAUUUAAAGAUCUACUGCCAUUCUCUGCAGCGACAAAUUAUUACAGAUACCAGGGAAGGUUUUCCAACCCACCAUGUUUUUAUACCUUGUGGACGGUUUUCUCGGACACUGUUUUGAUCUCGGAGACACAGCUCGAAGCGUUCAAAAGGCUAAAAGACAAAGAUGGGAAUCCAUUGAAGGAUACAUUCAGACCGACCCAACAACUUGGAAAUCGUGUUAUCAAGUCAAGCAUGCCACCACUAAGACAGUUCGACCCUGGUGUUCCCAAUAAAUCCUGUGUGGAUGUGUUUCUGGUCAUUGACGAGAGCUGCUCUGUGUACGAUGACAUGCACAAAGUGAAGGAGUUCCUCUUGGAUCUGGUGGAUAGAAUUAUUAUCGGGACUGAUGCCGUGUUAAUGUCGCUUGUAAGAUAUAGUGCCCCAGUCACUAUGAACUUUUACCACAGCAAUACAACCAACAAUGAUGUUGUCAUGCGACUCAUCGACACACAACCUUUAGGACAGCGGACCACUUGUAGGACGCAUACCUCAGAAGCACUCAAGUUCAAUUUGAAUAGGUUCUUUGGCCUACAUGGAGGCCAGAGGAACGAAACGACACAGCGUGAUUAUGGAAUCAGAACAGUUGCUCCUGACGUCAUGAUAAUAAUAACAGACGGAAUCUCCAUCCCUAUGAGAGCCCGAACAUCCGCGCUUGCAGAAGCCGCCAAACUGAGAGGACAUGGAGUCGAGAUUUACACCAUCGGCUUGAAAAAUCAAAACGCACGCAAUGGAUAUGAGGAGCUGCAUGGAUUUACUGGGGGCAAAGAUGACCACGUGUUUGAUAUCAACAAUGAUGGUUUAGCAGGUCAUUUCGCGCAUAUCAUCAACUCUUACGACACGUGUACAGGCGAAAAAAAUUGUUCUGACCAACUUGACAUUGUGUUGGUAAUAGACACGUCACAGAGUUUACUGACAUCUUCUGAGUGGGAUCGGAUCACAAAGAAUCCAGACAAUCACCAUGAGAUCAACUCUGAACAUCUGAUUGCAGUAAAGGAAUUCUUUAAACAGUUAUUAGCUGCAAUUCCCAUUGGGAUCGAUAAAGUUAGAGUAGCCAUCGUUUCAUUUGAUGAGGUUGUGAGAAUCCACCAAUACCUUGAUGACACAACGGACUAUGCAGGAACAAAUGAUAUAUUGACCAAUAGUGUCAUAGAUUAUACGGGUGUAGGGACACGUACAGAUGCAGCACUUCGAUAUGUUCUCAACAGGGUGUUGAAAAAGGAUCGUGGAGACCGAGUUGAUGUCAACAACUUCAUAAUGCUGGCAACUGACGGUGUGGCCUACCCAUGCUGUACAGCUAGUUGUUGUCAUAUGAGCACAGGCACUAUACAAUGCCCCACCACUGACUACCCAUGCAUAACUCAAGAAGAUGCGACAAGGGAAGUGGAACGUGUUGCUAAGAAACUGAAAGCAAAUUGGAGAAAUGACGUAUACGUUCUUGCUCUUCCAAAUAGACCUGAUCGCGGGGACCCAUUUAAGAAACACGCGGCAGCAAAAAAAGCUAUGUUACAAUAUGAGGCACUUGUAAGAAAUACCAUUACUGGCAUCAAAACACUGGAACAGUUCAAUGAGUUGGAAAACAUUGUGAAAGAAAUCGUCAACAGAGUAUGCGCGGCUGCUGAUGGCAUCUAUCUGUCACCUCCAUCAAAGGGUGUUAAAUGAUUGGCUCG